AUGGCGACAAUUACUGCUAAAAUAAAGCAAUCGCUUCGCAUCAACUCGCCUCAUUUUCAAAACUUCAUAAUGGGAUGUCUCCUAUUCUGUCUCCCUGGAAUCUAUGGAGCUAUCACAGGUCUCGGAGCUGGAGGCGGGAAACCCAGUUCCCAAAGCACGUCUUCGGAUGCGAAUUCUAUUCUCUACGGCGCUUUCACGCUGUUCGGAUGGCUGGGUGGUUCGAUCUUGAAUAUCCUCAAGCCAAGACUUACAGUUAUGUUUGGAGCUAUCGGAUACCCACUCUACGUUGGUGGUCUCUGGUAUUUUGACCGAACUGGAAAUUCCUGGUUUGUUUUAUUUGCAGGUGCCAUGCUGGGUAUGACAGCUGGCUGCCUGUGGACUGCGACAGGAUGGGUGUCAUAUGUCUAUCCAGAGGAGAAGGAAAAGGGUACCUUUAUUGUGGUGCAAUACAUGCUUCAUUCUUUAGGCUCUACGGUAGCAGCUUUCAUUGCUUUCGGGGUAAAUAAGAAUGAGAUCAAAGCGCAAGGCGUCUCCGAUGGCAUCUACAUCACCUUUAUCGUCAUCAUGUGUUCUUCCAUCAUCAUUGGCGGGUUAUUCGUUGUCGACCCCCGGAAAGUCGUUCGUAAUGAUGGGACGCACAUUGCUAUAUUCCAACAAGCAGCCAUUUUACCCGAACUCAAAGCUAUGCUAACAGUCUUUAUUGACCCCCGGAUAUUACUUCUCACUCCUGCCAUCUUUGUAGGUGAGAUGGCUACUGCGAUGAUUAGCAGUAUCAACAGCUACUAUUUCAAUCUCCGGACCCGCUGUCUCAACAACGUCAUAUUUCAAAUCAUCCAGAUCCUAAUCCCGCUCAUCCUCUCCUUCAUCCUCGACAGCAAGUACGUGCAGCGCCGACGGACACGUGGUAUCAUAGGAGUUGCGUUCAUAGGAACUAUAACCCUAUGUUCAUGCGCCGGACUCGCAGCUUUCAUCAAGGAGAACAAUAUCAACCAGCGACUCUAUAAAGCGCGAGGACAUGAUUGGACGGAUUCGGCAUUUGCGAAAUGCUUCGUCAUCUAUCUGUUCUUCGGGAUGCUCUAUAGCGGCCUUCAAAUCGUCAUCGAAUGGAUUCUUGCAGCGCUCACUAAUGAUCCCGCGGUUCUGGCACGGUAUGCAGGUCUGUUCAAGGGGACUGGGAGUUUGGGGAUCUGCGUUUCGUUUCUUCUGGAUUCGAGGAAAGUGCCAUAUAUUUGGCAACUGACUGUCCAGUUCAUCCUUUACGCAAUCGGCCUCACAGGAAUGUUAAUCGUGGUGCUGUUCUAUGUCACAGACACAAACUACUUCAUCGAGGAAACAGUCAUCGUGCCACACAUUAUUGAGCAACAGGCGAAACUCGAGGGACUAGCUACUGAAGAGCAGAUCAACCAUGAGUUUGAGAAGGAACGGAGAGCGGAAGAACUGGCGGCUGGGGCUGGUGGAAAUAUCCCUGAGAUUACUGCGGUUUGA